AUGGAUGUACUAGAUCCUCUCCUCCAUUUCUCUCCUACCAUCUCCCUUCUGUUGGGGGCUGUUGCUGUCGUGCUCGUCCUCUGUCUUGUCUCCAGUAGUUUCACCUCCCAGGAAAUAGGGAAUGAGCCUCCAGGACCGAGGCCUCUGCCCCUGUUUGGCAACCUGUUGCAGCUGGAUCUCAAGAGACCCCACACCACUCUUUGCAAGCUUUCCAAGAAAUAUGGAUCAGUGUUCACAGUAUAUUUUGGACCCAAGAAAGUGGUAGUCCUGGCGGGAUACAAGACAGUGAAGCAGGCACUGGUCAACCAUGCUGUGGAAUUUGGAGACAGAGAGAUUUUGCCAGUAGCCAACGACUUAAGUAGUCCACAUGGAGUAUUAUUUUCCAAUGGGGAAUUUUGGCAAGAAAUGAGACGUUUUGCCCUCAGCAACCUAAGAGACUUUGGGAUGGGCAAAACAGCAGCAGAGAAUAGAAUUGUCGAGGAGAUUCAGUAUCUGAUCCAAGUGUUUGAACAACAUCAAGGUAAACCCUUUGAUACUACCCAGUCAAUAAAUUAUGCCGUUUCCAAUGUCAUCUCUACAAUUGUCUAUGGCAGCAGAUUUGAAUACAACGAUCCAGAGUUUACACGUAUGGUAGACCGAGCCAAUGAGAACAUUCGACUUUCAGGCUCUCCCUCAAUACAGCUGUACAACAUUUUCCCCUGGAUGGGCAAAUGGACAAGGAAUAGGAUGCGUAUCAGGAAGAAUGUUGCUGACAACAGAGAACAAAUAAGGCAGUUGGUCAGACAUUUACAAGAAACUUUGAAUACUCAAGUGUGCAGAGGAUUUGUGGACUCCUUUCUGGCCCACAGAGAGAAGCUAGAGGACGCAGAGAAUAAAGACUCCUGCUACAACACACAGAACCUUCUGUCAACUGUUUCCAACAUCUUUGCGGCUGGUACUGAUACUACAGGAACUACACUGAGAUGGGCUUUGUUGCUCAUGGUCAAAUAUCCUGAUAUACAAGACCAGGUCCAGGGGGAGCUGAGCAGGGUGGUUGGAAACCGUCAGAUCAGAGUAGAAGACAGGAAGAACCUGCCCUACACCAAUGCUGUCAUCCAUGAAACACAGAGAAUGGCUAGUAUCCUUCCUAUGUCUCUUCCUCACACCACCAGCAAAGAUGUCAAUUUCCAGGGCUAUUUUAUUAGAAAGGGGACCACUGUGUACCCUCUUUUGGCAUCUGUUCUUUGGGAUGAGAGUGAAUGGGAGAGCCCACACACCUUUAAUCCUGCCCAUUUCUUGGACAAGGAUGGGAAGUUUGUCAAGAGAGAUGCCUUCAUGCCUUUCUCUGCAGGUCGCAGGGUGUGUCUUGGAGAGAGUCUGGCUAGGAUGGAGCUGUUCCUCUUCUUUACCUCCCUCCUGCAGCGCUUUCGUUUCACUCCUCCACCUGGAGUGAAAGAGGAUGACCUGGAUCUGACACCAGUUGUGGGCUUCACCCUCAACCCUUCACCCCAUAAACUGUGUGCUGUCGUAUGCAUAUGAGGAAGAGGAUUUGCAUUAGACCUGCUUUUGCCAGAUUUCCAUUACUACUGAUUCUAUUUGAAAAAACAGAAAAAGCAGUAAGCAGGAAUGUCUAAUAUGAUCUGCUUCUACAAGACCUUUUGUACAUUAGUGGCAGGGAGAAAUGAAUAAACUCUAGAUGUUUUUUCUAUUAUGAGGGGGGUGCAAUUGGUCUCACAUAAUCAAUUAUACUGUAAAAUUAAAGCACUUCAAAAUAAGCAUUAUUGACAUAAAUCAAUCCAGUAUCACACUUAAAAUCUGAAAAGGAGCAAAAUAAAAUUGUAAAGUUGCA